AUGGCGACGGCUUCUCAUUCCUCAACCAAACGUUUCAUCAGACCUAUAUUCAUCCGCUUAUUCUCCACAGUCACACCAAAAAAUCAGCCGAACCCAUUUUAUAAGAAGACGUUUUCCCAUUUGUUCCAAGAAUGCUCCAGAGAGCGAUCCCUCGAACCGGGCCGGCAGGCCCACGCCCGGAUGAUAGCAUCGGGCUUCGAACCCACGGUCUUCGUCGCCAACUGUUUGUUGAAGAUGUACAUACGAUGCUCCCGUUUGGACACCGCUCGUAAAGCGUUUGAUAAAAUGCCCCAACGGGACGUGGUCUCGUGGAACUCUUUGAUUUCUGGGUAUGCAGUCAGUGGGAAAAUGGAUUUGGCCCAAUCGAUUUUUGGAUCGAUGCCCGAGAGGGAUGUGAUUUCGUGGAACUCUCUGAUCUCUGGUUACUUGCAUACAGGGAAUUGUUUAAGGCCAGUCGAGAUAUUCAUGGAGAUGGGGAAAGAAGGUUUGGCUUAUGACGAGACCACUUUUGCCGUUGUUCUGAAAGCCUGUUCGUGUUUAGAAAACUGCUAUUUGGGUUAUCAGGUGCACUGUGUUGUGGUAAAAUCGGGAUUCGAGGAUGAUGUGGUAACGGGUAGUGCGAUUUUGGAUAUGUACGCAAAAUGCAAGAAUUUGGACGAGUCCCUACACUUUUUUCACACGAUGCCGGUGAGAAAUUGGGUUUCCUGGAGCGCGAUAAUCGCGGGAUGCAUUCAAAACGACGAGCAUAUACGCGGCUUGCAACUGUUUAAAGAGAUGCAGAGGGAAGGAAUUGGGGUCAGCCAGUCUAUAUACGCAAGUGUUUUUAGGUCUUGCGCUAGUUUAUCGGAUUUAGCGUUGGGCUGUCAAUUGCAGAGCCAUGCACUGAAGAGCGAUUUUGGGUCCGACACCAUUGUGGGGACCGCCAUGCUGGACAUGUACGCGAAAUGCGACAGUUUAGUUAAUGCUCAGAAAGUUUUCGACUUUUUGCCGGAUUACAAUUUGCAGUCUCAUAACGCGUUAAUCACAGGUUAUGCCAGAAGUCAUUGUGGGUUCGAAGGUUUCGAGUUGUUUAUACGUUUAUUGAGGUCCGGUCUCGGUUUUGACGAAAUAAGCCUGUCGGGCGCAUUCAGUGCCUGUGCAGUAAUCAGAGGACGCUUAGAAGGAACUCAAUUGCACAGUUUAGCUGCCAAGACUCCGUUUUUACACAGUAUUUGCGUUGCAAAUGCCAUUUUGGAUGUGUACGGUAAAUGUGGAUCUUUACACGAAGCUCGUCAAAUAUUUGACGAGAUGGAAGUAAGAGAUGCCGUGUCGUGGAAUUCUGUCAUUGCAGCUUGUGAACAGAACAAAAACGACGAGACCUUGUCGUUAUUUGUUUCCAUGCUUCGAUUAAGGAUGGAGCCGGAUGAGUUCACGUUCGGGAGCGUAUUAAAAGCUUGUGCGGGAGAACGAGCUUUGGGUCAUGGGAAGGAAGUUCACGGGCGGGUAAUUAAAUCCGGGUUGGGAAAGGACUCGUUCGUUGGGAGCGUGCUAGCCGAUAUGUACUGCAAGUGCGGGAUGGUGGACGAGGCGGCCGAGAAGCUUCACUGGAAAAUGGAGGACCAAACCUUAGUUUCUUGGAACGCGAUAAUCGCGGGCCUCUCGUCGGCCGAACAAAGCGAGCGGGCCCAGAAGUUCUUCUCGAGUAUGUUGGAAACGGGCCUUAGGCCCGACAGCUUCACGUACGCCACGAUCCUCGACACGUGUUCCAACGUGGCGAACGUCGGGCUCGGGAGGCAGAUACACGCUCAGAUAAUCAAGCAAGAAUUGCAGUCCGACGUGUACAUCGCGAGCACGCUGGUCGACAUGUACUCCAAGUGCGGAGACUUGCUAGACUCGGUCAUGGUUUUCGAGAAAUCGUCCAAACGCGACUUUGUGACGUGGAAUGCCAUGGCUUGCGCGUACGCCUACCACGGGCUCGGUCGAGAAGCUUUGAUCACGUUCGAGAGGAUGAAGCUCGAGGGAAUAGUCCCGAACCACGCGACUUUCGUGGCGGUCCUUCGAGCGUGUGGGCACGUAGGGCUUGUAGACGAGGCGCUCGGUUACUUCUCCCUUAUGAAAAACGAGUACAAGUUGGAGCCUCAGCUCGAGCACUACUCGUCGAUGGUGGAUAUUCUAGGGAGGUCAAGCCGUGUGGCAGAUGCACUAAAGAUGAUUCAAGAAAUGCCCUUGGAAGCCGAUGAUGUGAUUUGGAGGACGCUUUUGAGCACGUGUAGAAUGCACGGGAAUGUGGAGGUAGCCGAGAAGGCGACGAGUGCCCUUCUCGAGCUUGACCCACAAGACUCGUCGGCUUGCGUGCUUCUAUUGAAUGUGUAUGCGGAUGCAGGGAUGUGGGGCCGGGUUUCGGAGAUGAGGAGAGUGAUGAGGCAUGGGAAGAUGAAGAAGGAGCCCGGAUGCAGUUGGGUCGAGCUGCAGUCGGAAGUGCACAUGUUUCUUGCCGGAGAUAAGGCGCACCCUAAGUGCCGUGAGAUUUACGGGAGAUUGAAUUUGUUGAUUGGAGAGAUGAAGAUGGAUGUUUGUGGAGAGGUUUUGAGGAUGGAUGAAUCUUGGGCAGAUGAGGUGUAA